UUGGAACAUAUCACCAUCACCUUUAUGUACAUAUGUAAACAUCCGAUACCCCACUGAUGACACUGGCCUCAUCGACAACCUUUGGACAUUAGGAGGUAUUAGAGUCAGAAAAUGGUGGACAGAAACGCGUUCUGGUUAAGGUGUGUGGUUUUGAUUAUAAGUGUGUGUUGGAUCUCAGCUGACGUACCUUUACACGGCCUGGACACAAGUGUGUGUAACCCAGCCACAUUAACCAAUACCGGCACUAAAAGAAAACCGACACUAUCCCCAACAUACAGUGUAAAUGUAGAAUGCAACUUCCAAGAUAAGAAACAAACUAUUGAUAUCAAAGAAUAUUAUGAUUACCCUAACCAGAGAGCGGCUGCUGUGAAGCAUGAAGUGGGUCUAAAGACUAAACGUCUCUAUUCCUACUCAACUAACGAAGUCUUUACGAUAGAUGACCACCAUAAAACAUGCAGUGUGGCGCAGAUAUCCACAGACAAAUCGGAAAACUGGCUCUUUGGAAUUCAGACAAGCGGCACUAAUCCUUAUGUGCCCAAGAUGUACAGUGCCUACGGCGGAAACCUGACGGAGCAAUAUAUGGGCACCACAAAAGUUCGAGGAAUGUCAGUGGAUCAUUGGAAAUCAUGUGUUUACUGGCCAAACAUGGACGCCACUAUGAAUGUCGACUGGUACUUCAUGGCGGAUGGCUGGAAUAGCGCCAUUCAGUCCAAAGUUCCGGUCCGCGCUGUUGUGAUCGGUAACGUUUGGGACGUACAAGGAAAUGUACGUUCACCCCGUCCUAUUAACCACACCUACGAAUUUGCUGAAUACAGGACUCAAUUUUCGGAUUUGACUAAUCUGGCUGAUGUUUUUGAGACGCCAUCAGGGUACGUUUGCCCGGGAAGAAAAUACACAAAACCUGUCCCAACACCAGCCAACUAUUUCCAGUAUACAUCAGAAAUUUUGAAUCCUGGACAGAAAUCGAUUGGAUUUGUCAAACAAUGGUACGACUUCAACAUGCUUUUGGUGAGAAACGACUACAGACCAAAUCCCUUAUUCUUUAACCAGUAUGGUCUUGAUAAACUGUCCGAAGUCCACGACUGGAAUGAGGGCGUGGCCUACAGAAUGGAUGCCAAACGCGGAAACUGCACAGUCACCACUAUAGCUGGUGGUGAUUUUGACGCCCAUUCCCUGGACGAUACCACUGUUAGAAUACGUACGGCCAAGGAAUUUUUCUCCUUCGACAAGACACAGUAUGCUUAUGAGGGCGUGAAAAAAACACGUGGUAUAGAUUGUGAUGUAUGGAUUGCGACAAGAAAUGAUUGGCCGGGAGGACCUAUUAAUAGCACGUGGGAGUGGUAUUUUGCUGUGAAUGAUUGGGUUCAGAGUACGGGACACACGUAUGCCUUUGGAAUGCCAAUUCAGCUGAAACUGACCACGGAUGAAGUAGCAUUCACUUAUAACAUCUAUAACUAUAAUGAAGAACGGCCCAGCAUUUUUGAAUUCGACAUUUCAACGUGCUUUAAUUACACACAGAAAAGAGAUUUUACCUUCCAACUUGACGCAAAUUACCAAAAUACAGUGGGAAAGAAUUUACAACUGUUCAAAUAUGAAGUUCUUCUGACAGUACACAAGUGGACGAAUCUCUCACCUCUCAGAAUCCAGGAAAUGAAGGUUGACUAUGACACAACUUCUGUAAUUGUUACGUUAACCAUCCUGGGAGGGUCCCCGAUAAAAGGCGACGUCCCAAACCCUAAUGCUCAAGUGGAUCUCGAUCAGGCUGCCACCUUACUAAAUGACACCAUUAACAAAGGGAGUUUCCAGAUACCUGUCGACAUUACAAACCUAGGGAAUCCAAUCAUCUUACAUGCCCGUCCAUAUACCCUGACCACCAUUUAGUACACUUACGUACCAGAAUACUACACAGUUCCACCUCCUUCCAAAACAACAUACUCAGGAGGUAACCAUAAAACUCAUCAUCAAUGUUUUAAAGAUAAGUGAGUGGAGAGUAAAUGAAUGGAGAGUGAAAUAUAGAAUAUAAAAAAAUUGUUUUCCAAUUAUUAAUGUUAAAUUGACGAGAUUUUUUGAAUGUGAAAGAACCCAUAGGACAGUGUCUGUGGUAGUGGUCAUUUGCAUAAUUAUGAAUAUUCAGUAUGUCUGUCUACAGUCUCGCUAAAAUCACGUUAAGCUUACAUAUUGUCCUGAAUCAAUCAAGUGGUUUUCUGAGUAGAUAUUAAAAAGGUGUGCAUGUUUUGUUUUUUAAGUGGUAUUUAUUGUUUUACUUGUAUACGUACAUGUACAUUCAAUCUCAUUGUCAUAUUCCAUCAAUGUCUUGCUUUACAAUUUUCAAUCUGUAUUGUAUUUGCUAAUCGUUGUUUUUAGUAACCAUAGUAGCUAUGCAAAAGAUUAUAUAUUUAUUCAAGCAAUAAGAGAGUCAGGGUAUUAUUGUGAUUAUCAUAAUUGUAUGACGCCAUUCACUAUAAAGAAAAACGAGUUGUGAUUUCUUCAUAAUUGUAAUGGAAAUGACCACGAAGCGUGUGUGCUAUUUAAGGAGAAGAGGUUUGCUUUAUGCUUUGUACAGAUAUGGACGUAUGUGCGUGUGGAUGAAUUGAUUUAUACAAUGGUACUUUGUGAAAAUAGAUUUUGGGAGUACAUAAGAUAUUACUUUGGUUUCAAAAAUGUAUGUACAGUGUUGUCUUUGAACUUUAUCUGAGAUUUCAGUUAUAUAUUUAUACAAUGAGAUUUGCAUUGAUAAAAUCUUGUAAAUAUGA